ACUAAGGUAUCACCAAAGCCUCAUCCAAUGUGACUGCCGUCUUCACUGAGAAUUAGGCUGGGUUAUCAGACUGCAUACAAGCUGAGGCAAGGACACAUCCCUUUUUACCAUAGCUACUGCUAUAUGGCCUGGCACAGAGCUACCAAACAGCUGUAGGUGGUGAUGGCUGUGUACAGGAGCCCAGCAAUCCAUUUGGUCAGUGCCUUUGGAGUAUAUUCACAAAGGGGUUAGGUUGAAGGGUUCCUUAUUGUCUAGAAUGUUGUACCAUUUGGCAAAAUAAGCAUGGCAUCCUUGGAGUGACACACCUUAAGCUGCUCCAUCAAUUCAAGGCUUUUUUAACAUAGAGUUUGAAUGUCAGUGAUCAGUAUUUGUGCUGCCAUAGCAGAGGGCAAAACCCUCCCACCAUCAGAGCACCAUGUGUGAUAUCCAGUGCAGGUAUGCAAACAGCCUCCAGCAUCCAUCCCCACCCACACCUGUUGAAGGCCAUUCCUCAUCUCCAGGCUGCCACCAGCAGAGCCCCUGAAAGGGAGGCAGCUGUUAACUGGAAUCUCCUGGAAACAACAGUCCUGCUCCAGCUGAACAGUGGGCAUGGCGAAUGGGCAUGAGAGCCUGCAAAAUCACAGAUACCUCCAGGAAAGCAGAGGAUGCAUAACACAGCUGUCCCUGUCCCAUGACCAGUUCUACUUGUUCACAAAAAGGCCUUCUGUGUGUGGAGAGGGGAGCACCCCAUUUGCUGUCUGCACAGAUAUGUGUCCUUUGGCCAGAUUGUGUGUGCUCAGGACUGCCAAGCCUGCAGACAGAGCAGCCCCCAGCCCCACCUCGUGCUAUGCCAUUCCAGCGGGCUGGGGACGUAGGAAGGAAAAGGGAAGAAAAAGUGGAAAAGAGGAGGGAGUUGCAGAGGGGGCCGGACGGUGGGAAGAGCAAACAAGUAGGGAGGGAAGGGAGAAAGCGGAAAAAAAGGAGGAGAAAGGGGAGGAGAUGAAAGACAAGGGGAGAAGGGAGCACCGGCCGGGGAGGAGAGGAGGGAGUCAGCUCGGCGGAGAAGGAAGGGACGGGACGGGACGGGACGGGACCCGGCGCCCCGCGGGCCAUGCGUCUCCUGGCCACGGCGCUGGCCGCCCUGCUGGCCUCGGCCCCGGCCCCAGAUGUUUGUGAGGCUUUAAAUGUGACAGUGUCCCCCGGACCAACAGUGCGGUACUCUGAGGGAGAUAAUGCUACCCUUUACUGCCACAUUUCUCAAAAGAGAAAGACAGACAAUUUGCUGGCUGUGCGGUGGGUCUUCGCUGUGUCACCCACCCAGGAGUAUCUGAUGAUCAAAAUGACCAAGUUUGGGUCUGUCCAGUAUUAUGGAAAUUAUACUCAUCAUUUCCACAAGCAAAGACUUCGUCUUCUUAAAGAAAAACAUGGAACGAUGUACAAAUUUCUUAUUCUAAGCCUCCAGCAAACAGAUCAAGGACAUUAUAUAUGUAAAGUUCAAGAAAUUGGAAAACACAGGAAUAAGUGGACAGCCUGGUCAAAUGGUACAGCAGCUACCGAAAUAAGAGUGAUUCCAUCAAAAACCUCUGAUGAUCCCACUUACAAGAAAAAACACGAAGCUUGGAAGUUUUUUGAAGAUCUGUACGUGUAUGCAGUGUUUGUGUGUUCAAUAGGAAUCAUCAGUGUCCUCCUUUUUACACUUGUAAUUCUCUGUCAGUCACUUCUGAACAAGAGGAGAUGCACAGUGAAGCAUUACCUGGUGAAAUGCCCCCAGAACAGCUCAGGGGAGACCAUGACCAGUGUGACAAGCAUGUCCCCUCUGCAGCCCAAGAAGGUGAAGAAAAGGAAAGAGAAAGCAGAGCUGCCACCAGCCAUCCCAGCAAAAGCUCCAAUAGCCAAUAUUCCUAAGCCCAAGCUCUUGAAACCUCAAAGAAAAUUGAUCCUGCCAAAAAUCGCAGAGGAGAAUUUAACAUAUGCUGAACUUGAACUUAUGAAGCCGAUUCAGGAAGCCAAAGGCAUUCCCAGUACGACAGUCUAUGCACAGAUACUCUUUGAGGAGAACAAGCUGUAACAGUUCAUGCCUGUAUAAAUGUCCUUUGUCUGUGUUCUAUUUAAUUCUUGCUGUACUGUUUAUUUAUAAAGAUCAUACAGAUGUCCAUAUUUUUUUACUGACAUUCACGUACUUCUGUAUUUCUAUGUGACUUUUACACAAAACAUAGUUGAAAGUAAUCGUAGAAGAAGCAGCUGGUCAACAAGUGACAUCCCAGAGAAACACCCUUGUAGUGUUUGCCCCCUCCAUUUUAAAGAGGAUGAAGUUCCACUUCAGGCAUUUUCAGUGCUAAUCAUUAUUCCUUCUUUGACACUAAUGUGACAAGUCCAGCUGCAAACAUGGACAUCUGAGCCACCUCAGAAAUACUGGCAGCAAGAUCAGUGCACAUCGGCCUCCUCCACCAGAGAAAGACCACUGACCAGAAGUUCAUCAAAUUGCUGCUGUUCAUCAGAAAAAUAUUAAUUCAGUAAAACUGAGAUGUUUUUCCACAGCAAAAGGAAAGCUGGAAUUACUUUUUCUGCCUUCCCCCUGGCUCAUAGUAGUUAUCAAAAAGUUCCCUUUCUAUGUACCCUUCUUAUGUACUUCAAAUCAAACACUUCAAAAUAAUCCAAAGGAAACAUUCCUAGUUAAACCACACCAGUCUGAGGAAGAAUAUUUAUAGCUUGGGAACAUUUUCCAGGAUUUGAUGUUUUUAUAGUUCUGGUUGAGAAUAGGAAAAACCUGAUAGUGAGUAUGAAACUUCCACAGAACCAGGACACUGGUUCUGGCCUUGCUGUAGGCUGGUGCUCCUAAACGUGCAAAAAUUUCCUCCCAUGGCCUAUUAGCAAGCUGCUGAUGUGAAAGAAAAAUCACAGAUCUUCUACGUUAGUGCAAAGCAGACUCUGUAAUGCCCUGCUCACUUAUCCUGGAGUUGUGUCUCUGGAAAGGCCGUGGCUUGGGAGGUGGGAAACUGGGCUGCAAAAAUGCUCUUUCUCUUGCUUCCCCCUCUUGAUAGCUGAGAAGGAAUUCUUCCUUUUCCUAUGAUACGCAUUGGUGAAAAUGGGUUAUUCUCUGGCGUCCCAGGCAAGCCAGUCAUGAAAGACAGUUGGACUGAUGUUUUCAAGCUUCUGAAUUUGCAAUGCUCAGUCUCCACUCACAGUCAGGGGCUGAACAUCCAGCUCCUUUCUGCCCUUGGAAGCUUUAGUCCUUGAGUAACCACAGAGCUCACAGGGACAUAAAAGCAUGGGUUCUUGUGCUCACUCUCAGGCCCUGGAUGUCUGAUGUUCAGUACAUGCCAGUUGCUUUCCAUGCCUGCAUGAUGGCAGAGGCAGCCCCUUGACAGGCCACUCAUUCAGCAGCCUAAGUGUGGGUUUUCAAGUAGCACUGGUGGGCCUUGUGCUUUGAAAAUCUUAAUCAAGGUGCUCCAAGUACCUUCUUCCUUCACAGGUCAGGCUUUUAUAGUGACACAGCAAGUUCAUGCCAGGGCUCAGAGCACAGCUGGGAACCGUCCCAGGAAGCCUCGCGUUGCUGCAGCCAUUAGCACUUGCGAGUGGAGGGCAGUGGCAGCACUGCAGGGAGGGGACACGCAACAAAGGAGACGAGCAGUCUUUGGAUGGCUCCCCCAGAGUAAGCAAGUCCAUAUAAACUGCUUUUAAACUUUUCUUGACUGAGGACAGAGAUUAUGUGUCAUACAUAAACUGUUAACCUUGCAGCCAGGGUGAGUAAAUGUAAAAUGCAGCCAUCUGUUUCCACGAUGGUUAAAAACCUCUUUUAUAAGAGAAGAAUUCAAGACUUGUCAGGGUGGUCUUUGUGUACUGUACUAAUUCCACCCCUAGCUCCUCAUUGAAGUGGUCUCUCCAAACUAAAGCCAGCUUUUAUUAAUAAGACUGUUGCUAGUAAUUAUUUGCAUUUUUUAUUUUUGGGUUUGUUAGUUGUCAAUAAUCUUUGUUUUACCUUCUCAUUACUGCAAGAAUUUAAUGACCCACCAAAACAGUAUGGCAUCAUUCCUUAUUCUCUCAUGAGCUUUGAAUUCAUUGACCAAAAAAAUCGGUGCUUAAAGAGUCAUCAAACGUUCAGGGAUACAUUCUGUAACAUUCAGAGUCUAAAUAUUCAGAAGGAGGUAAGGAAAGCAUUAGAAAGUUAUAGGACCUAUUAGUAAUUCCUUUAAUUCCUUUGGAAUUAAACACAUAAUAAACACCUAACACAUUACUAAUUUGGUCACUUAAUUGUGAAAACUUCAUAAGUUCAGUAUAUAAACAUUGCUUUUGUAUACAGCUGGCCAUUAUGCCCAUUGUUCAGACAAGUCCCCUACUGUAUGCUUAUACCCAGUAUUUUAAUGAAUACCAUUCUUUGUGUAUUAAUAUUCUAUAUAUUCUUGCUUAUGUUUUAUAUCUAAUGCCCCAAAAUAAUAGUUAAUUGAGCUAAAUAAAUUACCUUUUUUGUUGAGAUAAAUUCUCCCAGUCUGUGUAGGAUUUAUUGCUUGUUAAUGAUACGAAUAUAAUUUUUCAUCUUCUGCCUCGCAUUUAGACAAUCUCAGUAGGUGAGAAUUGAAUUUUUCAUUCUGCAGAAAAUUCCAUGAUUUUUAAAUGUUUUCCAUUUGUGACUGAUUUAGAGCACAGCAGAAUCCUGACAGCUGAGUGACAAGAGGCUGGAAACACUGCUUAGGAUAACACCUGUCUUCCUGAGCAGACAUUUCCUAAGCCUCUUCUUACACAGCGUCCAUCCAGAUUUAAUAAUAUCAGGAGAAAGUAAAACACCAUCCUUCCUCUUCCAAGUAAUUGUACAUCUUUACGUUUCAAAGCAAUUCACUUCAAAGACUACAGAGAAGAAAAUUUCAUCGAGUAUAACAUGGGAGAAAUACAGAUUAAACUGGAUUUAGUUCCUUCUAACAUGAAAUGCAAGGUAGAAUUCACUCUGGCCUAACUCCAUCAUGCUUAAGCAGAAUAGCAGCAGAGCUGAAUGUGGUCUGCUGUUCUUUUAUGACAGGAGCUCCCGUGAAGACUCUUAAUACCUUAUUAAACAGUGGUUGAAAUCUGCUGAGUCACACAAUUUUGGUUACUCCUUCUGUUGUCAUUGGUAAAACAUGGCCCAGUGCUGAAAUUUUAACAAAUACAGCUCUAUUAGCUUCACCAAUUUAGUGUCAGAUUGUUAAAUGUUAAUGUACUGCACCUUAUAGCUGUAAACAGAAUUAGAGAUGUUUACAGCUUUGGUUAAAUGCGCCUUGUUCCCCCACAUUAAAUUUUAUUACCGGAAUCCUCCACCAGCAAAUAGGAGUAAAUCAUAUUAUUGUCGCAGGCUGUGUGGGGGUUGAUUUUGCAGCCCAAGGAAGGGGAGUUUUUAUCACUCUUUAUUACAACUUUCUAAUUGGUAGGUGUGGUUAGAAUGUCAUUAUCUCUAUAAUUAAAAGCAAAUUAUUUGUUUUAGAAUAACAGUAACACAAUAGUGGGGUUCUCUUCUUUAAGAAGUUCAGUCAACUUAUAUCCUUAGCUGGGGUUUGGCCAAGUUCUGCUGGCAUAGCAAGACUCAGAGAGAUAAAACUGUAUUUGACCUUUGAUAUGUAGGUCACAUUCUGUUUUGUUUUUCUGUGGGUUUUUUUUGAGGACUUCUCCAAAACACGUCUGGUAAGCAACAUCAUGGUGCAAAGGUAAUUUUGGGUUUCACAGUCUAAACUGCCAGGGUGAAACAUAUAAUUCCUAAAUUCUACUAGGUAAUGGCUGGUUGUUCUUUUUUGAGUUUCCUGUGCUAAUCUGAAAUAUCCUAAUUUGGUGUUCUUUGUUCCACACUUAGUACAUCUCCAUUUUAUUACUUUAGUUGGGAGAUACAGUAGAUGGAAAAACUGCGUAUCAGUUGAAGACUCCAAGUUUGAAUUAUUCCUCUCAGAACGGAGAAAAAGAUGGAGGUGAUUAUGAGCUGGCAGCUGUCCAUCACUUGAUGUAAAGGUUGCAUCAACUCAGCCUGACUUAACCUGACUCAGUGUGGUACAGGUUGGUCUCACCUGUUCUCAAAAACUCAAAGUGAUGGGUUCCAUACUCUCCUCAUAAUCUAUUCCCACAGCCCUGAUCACUCCAUGCCAUUGCUCCAACUUGUAGAUCUCAAACAUCCCCUCUCAGAGCUGCCUCAGCUCUUUCUGCAAUUUGGCAGCUGUUGCAUAUGCCAGCAUUCUGCUCAGAGACUAAAUGAAGCAACAUGCUCUACUGACUGCACAACAAUAGGUAGGGCAAGAAUUCUUUCUCUCCUGCCACCAUAUUAUGUUAACUCUUGUUCCUCACCAGCAUUGCUGCUUUCUUUGCAAAACCCUCAGAGGUUUUUCAGACUUGAACUGCCCCAGUCAGAAAUGAAGCCUUUGUUGUGCCUGCAGCUGAGAGCGGCACAGGUUCUUUAUUUGAGUAAAUAACACAAGUCAGUGCAGUAACUUCUCCCUGCUGUGCAGAACCUCGGACUCUCCUGCAUCAAACACCAGGGGACCACAGAAUUGUAGAGCAUCCUGAGUAGGAAGGGGCCCACAAAGAUCAUAUAGUCCAACUCCUGGCUCCACACAGGACCACCCAAAAUUCAAACCAUAUUUCUGAGAGUGUUGUCCAAAUGCUUCUUGAACUCUGGUUAAAAUCCAACAGCAAUGUUUCACAAUAAGAAAGUGAAUGAGAACACAACAGUGCAUUACUCUGUACACAGAGAACCCAUGAGACAAGACCUCCUUUGGGGGGUUUUUUACUUCCUCUUCUGUGCUGGCACUGGACAUAGUUGACAGCAGAUACAGUACACAACUAAUUACAACUCCACAUCUCUGAGAAAUUAAACUUAGAUCGUUUUGGAUUAUCCUUAGGAAAAAUGAGGCCCCAUUCCACUGCACUAGUCCCAAGGCUGAGAGGUAAGUGAAGAAUCCUGGCCUAAGUACUCAGAGAGGUUCAACAAGGUUGCCAGCCAACUGAUAUUAUUCUAUACGGCGCCUCUAUGCCUGAAAUGGUCCUGCCUUGCAAUGUCACUCUGCUCUCACUGAAAUAUGUGCCCCUCAAAUCGCCCAAGCAAACAUAACUACACUCACUUCUACCUCUCCUUCCUCCUUGCUUGCUUUCAAAGAUCAGUCAGAGAAUGGAAGAGCUCUGUCCUGCCAGAGAACAAACUCAAAAGCCCAAAUGAGUAAAUCAUUGUGCACAUGAUGACAGCAAAUGGCAAAGGCUACUUCUAUGUAUCACUAUAAAAAAUAACAUUAAUUGGGAUGCUUUGCAAUUUCCUGUACAACCCAUAAUUAGGUUAGAUAAGAAACUAGCAGUGUCUAAGUGCUAUAAAUGUCUAAAUUAAGUUAUUUUGAAAGUGCCCAGCACUUUGACAUUUGAGAGUUCAGAGUAAUUGGAGUAUUGAAAUAAAAUUGCUUCUGUUAUUUAAAAGGUCAUUAUCCUCUUCGGGUAGAUAUACGAGGACUAUUUUCCACUCUACUGAGCCGUUCUAUUUGGUACAAUUAGACCUGCUUGAGUAGAUUUCUAGUGGGCCUCCUCCCACUUAUCACAGACCUAGCAUUGCACAGGGAAGGGCUUGUAAAUAUACAGCCCAAACAUGGAGUAUAUAUUCAGCUCAUAAUGGGGCUCCGAAGAGCCAAAAGCUGCCCAGAGCUUCAAACAGACAUCCACCAGGAACACCACACAAUGCUACAUUCUGUAAGACAGCAACUGAGUCCUUGCACAACCAAAGUCAACAAAAACCAGGUUACGGGCAGAGGACAGCUUGUUAGACAGGCAAAGGCUGUGGAGCAAAUGAGCAUUUCACUUUCCCAAUCAAACUAACUCCUAGGUUGACAGCAAGUUAUUUCAAUGAAACUACUGGAUUCAUUUCUUUAUGAUCCAUGUGGUCUCACUGUCACAGUAAAUAAGUGCCUUUUGCUUGCUUACCACCUGUGAUAUUCAAAGACAGCAACUUACAUUACUACAUUUUUCAUCAUAUUUUGGUUAUUCCAGUAGUGUCAAAAUAAGAAGGCAGGGGGUAUAAACACUGACACUGGCAGAGAUUUAAUGUUACCAUGUCUCCACUGGAGAUCACUGCAGGCAGAAGACCAUGGAAAAUGGUCUGAACUCACAAGGGGCUAAAGAGCGCUCUCACUGCUCCUUCCAGUGGCUGAAUUCCUGCGCUACCUCCCAUGGGAGCUGAGCAUACUACAGAACUAGAGCAGGUGUGGAAGCAUGACUCCUCCAUGUCCCUCCUGGCCAGGGAACAGAUUACAAGGAAGAAAUUAAGUUCUUAAAACCCUCUGCCCAAACUGAAAAAGGAGACAAUUUCUGACCUGAAACAAGGUUAAGUUCCCACGUCGCUGCUGCAUUCACCCACAGAGAUAGCUUUUUCAGAGCUCACAAUGUUCUUUACAAUUGAGAGACUCAUCUAGCAUCUUUAGCUCCAGCGUGUCAUCCAGCAUGCUCACCCUUGUUCUCUACAUGCACACGGCCAGCAAGACCCUUGUGUAUGAAACACAUCAGGUGAUGACUGAACACAGAUUCAGCUGUUCCCAUUGCAAGGCCUACAUUUGUUCAGUAUUCACUGCAGCAAAUGGUGCUACUGGUUGCCAAGAUCCUGAUGUGCUCCUGAAACUCACUUGGUUCUGGAUUCCAGACUCCCAUAAGACAUUAGCAUAUUGCUGCUAAUGAUUUUAGCUCAUAUGGCCCUCAGAUUCUUCCCUUGUGACAGCAAUAUGAGAUCUUGAAUAAGAUGAUAUGCUUACGAAUUCCUCCUUGUAACAAGUAUUGAGAUCCAUGGAUGAAAAGAACCUGGAAGCACUAGCACACAGUGACAAUCACGUGGAACUUCCCUGUGGGAAUUGCAGAUAGGUUUGCAUGGAUUUUCCAAAAAGAAAUUUGAGCAAAUACUAUUUUUUUUCCAUGAAGAUACAAAGGAUCUGCAGUGCAUAGGUAGCCCUGCAAAUACUGCUUCACUAGCAUUUAUUAUCCAAUAAAAAGCAACAGAAAUCAAACAGUAUUUAAUGCUCACUGUAACAUUUAUAAGACUUGUAUCCCCAAACAAGGAAGCAGCAUGGUCUAUGCAACAACAUACAAUAAAUAAAUAAGUGCAAUUGAGGCAUUUUUGGUUUCAUGGUCCCCAAUUAGAUUAAACUGGUUUUUAAAGUCACAUAAAUGUUGAGCUAUACUAUAUUGCGCUUCUUGGUUUACCUAAAGGGCAGAGUUAAGACUGAACCUUAAUUUUGCAUUUUGUAUCCUAAUAGGAUUGGAUUUCUUUUAAAGGUAAUUCUCACCCCGAGCUACCUACACCUUGCAAAAGUUGCUUCUGAAAUAAUUACAACACUCUAGUGAUAUCUGCAUCGUGCUACUUACAGUAGCAAUGGAGUCAUGCUGAAAGCAUUAGCUGUGGAAUUGCUCUACCUGCUUAUUUUUUAAAAAACAUAUUCUAGGAUCUUCCACUCCUACCUCCCAUUAGCUAUUAGAGAAGGUAUCAUAUUCUCGCAGAUUAAAUAUCCUUAAGUAUUAGAACAGGCUUGGCUCAUAAAGACUUUUGAUCUUAACUUGACGACUCCCAUUCACACACACACACUCUCUGGAUUUGUUCCGUGAUCCAAAACAACAGUUGAUGCAACUUGAAAUUCCACUGAAGACGUAAGAAAAACAAUGCAAGGUGCAAGGAGAUUAGCCUGUCAAAUCCAUGCACAGUUAAUCUGCACCUUCAAGUGGCCUCUUCUUAUGCCUGACAAAGCCAGGUUGCUAUCUAGAGGACAGGUACCAUUAGUGCUGCUAUGCGGGCAGCAGAGUAGGUUCUGGAGCCAGCUCUAGGAAAGGGAAUGUCUGCUGUUGGCAAAGACAGGCUAAACAUUAAGGGAGCAGAUAAUUAGGAAGCUAUCACGAUGCCUGAUAGGUAAAUGAAAGCAUGGGUAGCAAGCUCUUAAUUACCUUUAUGAUGUUUCAGCAAAGCUAUAUUCACAACUGAAAGGAGUCCAAAUCCUGCUGUGUGGCCAAAUCACAGUUUAUUUUUAAGGAAUGUGAGGAGAGAAAACUAAAAAAGGAGAGUACUUAAUUGUUGAAUUCUAUGGCAAUUGAUCUUUCUGCAGUCCUCAGGAAAGCUGGGCAUAACCAUAGGGUUAUUUUAAUUUGAAAAACAAUGGUGAAUUUCAGCCUACUUCCAGUGUAUGUUUUCACCAAACACAGAAAGGAUGGUAUUGCAGUCAUCAAGUCAUGCACUUGGAGGUUAGGAAAGAUAACCAGGGAGGUCAUCUUUGCAGACAUAAUGCAGCCUUUCUUGUAUGUCUGCAUCGUAAGCUGACCACUUAAUUACUAUAGGCAAUUGCCUCACUCAUGAUGGAGGUUAGGCAGAGCAUGAGGAAGGGGGUCUGUCUCGGCACUCUGUAAGCCAGGAAGCUGUUUGCCAUAGGAAGCCUCACUCAUUCGACAAUAUAAUUCAGAAGACAAGUCAUGGACAAAGCAGUGCCCUACAGGAAGACAGAAGAUGGUGUAUAGUUAAACAAGAUCAGUAAAAUCUACUCCAGAUUCCUCCUAAUGAUGCUUGCAAGUUUCUAAGCACCAAGAUUUUGACAUACAGCAUUUCCUCAUGUUCCUCAGUCUCUGGCUGUCCAGCACAGCACACGCAGGGCUUCACUCCUGCAGUGCUAAGCAGUCAGUGCAGUGAAAAUCGCAGAACUCUUGUGGCUCUGGCUGUCCAAGGGUAUGUUUGGUGAUAUGAACACGUGGAUCUUCAUGGACAUAAUGUCCUUUACAUUCAUCCAGGCUCCACCCUGAUCCAAUCUGUGAUGUUCAGGAAGCCACUCUAACUAGUUCCUCUCAGGCUUCCCUUCGUAAGUUAAG